AUGUGAAAUGUAAUUCAAUUAAUAUUAAUUAGUAGUUAUAUUUAGUUAAUUAUAAUGGGUGAAAAAGUAAUCAGUUUAAAAUUUAAUGAAGAUAAAUCAUGCUUUAAUUGUUGCUUGGAAAAUGGAUUACGAAUUUAUAAUAUUGAACCAUUGGUCGAAUUACGACGAAUAGAUAGUGAUAUUUUAGGAAGUUUAUCACAAUGUGAAACAUUACAUCGAGGUAAUCUAAAAUUUUUGGUGUCGGGUGGAUCCAGACCAAAAUUUUUAAAAAAUGCUGUUAUUAUGUACAACGAUGAAAUUCGUAAAGUACAUGCGGAAAUUCGUUUACCUGAAGAUAUAAAAGUGGUACGGUUAAAUACAGAUAAACUUUUCAUCGGCACAAGAGAUUGUAUUUAUGUUUACAAUAAUCUGACAUUAAAUUUCCUUUUUAAAUUUGAAACUCGUGACAAUUUGCGUGGCUUGUUAGAAGUAACGCCAUAUACAGAUUCAUCAGAACGACAAUUGUUAGUUUUUCCUGGACGUAAACUUGGAAGUAUCCAAAUUAUAGAUUUAGCAAACACCGAAGCUGGUACAUCUAGUGCUCCAGUGACAAUAAACGCACAUCAAGGUGAAUUAGCAUGUAUUGCGUUAAAUAUGCAAGGCACGUUAGUUGCGACAGCUUCUACGAAAGGUACAUUAAUUCGUGUAUGGGAUACAACACGACGGAUACAAUUAGUUGAAUUACGAAGAGGUUCAGAUACUGCCACCGUUUACUGCAUAAAUUUUAGUGCAGAUUCAGAUUUUUUAUGUUGUUCCAGUGACAAAGGAACUGUACAUAUAUUUGCUUUAAAAGAUACUCGAUUGAAUCGACGUUCUGCUCUUUCUAAUAUGGGUAUUUUGGGUAAUUAUGGUGAAUCACAAUGGGCUCUAGCAACAUUUACUGUACCCCCAGAAUGUGCAUGCAUUUGUGCGUUUGGUCCAAGCAGUUCUGUUGUUGCGGUAUGCCUCGAUGGUACAUUUCAUAAAUAUAUAUUUAAUAUUGAGGGAAAUUGCAAUAGACAAGCAUUCGAUGUAUUUUUAGAUCUUUGUGAUGAUGAAGAAUUUUAAAAUUGAACACAAAUUAUGAUCUCAAAAUACGUUUAUUUUAAAACUUUGUAUUGA